UUUGUGGGCAAAACUGGUAAGGAGUUGUUUCUUAUUGAUGGCCAGCCCAACAUACCGCCUCUUCGUCUAAGAAUGACAUCAGAUUGUGAAGAAGGCAAAUUUCUCCCCCCUCGACGAUCAUUGGAGUUAGAAGCACGUUGUAGAUGUCGAGUUCUGCCCUCCAGUCUCUAUCGACGGCCCCCAUUUCCUGCAUGAAGCAACAAAGGCCAAAGCAGCAGCACAGAAUGAUCCCAGCAACAAGAAUACAGCAGAGUAUCGCGAACUCAUGGAAGGUAAAAGAGGAAAAAACGACUAAGCGCUCCAUUCCCUCUUUGGUAUUCAUCAUCGAUUUCAACAAAACUCUUAUGUCUGGUGACAUUCUAUUACAUUUUGUCAUUUACACUUGUUAUGUUUUUCCCACCCUCUGGUUGGCAGAGGUGAUACAGUGUCUGCAGCAGUUGGGAUAGAGAAAGGUGGAUGUAAGCUUCCACUCAGCAUUCUGGCCAUUCUUUUUCCCACAACAACAUACACGUACCCUUCCCUCUCUAACUCGAUCCUCAAUUUUGCUUUCCCUUACCUCCAGUUUAUCACAGUUCAACCUAUACCUUCUGUCAGGUAAAGAACAAAUGGUUCCAUAAUGCCGCUUAUAAUGCCGGUGCAGGAGUUAUCGCUCAUGUUGCAG